AUGCAGUUGAUCCUUUUUCGGCCAGAUCCAAUCAUUUCUUUAAUAAAGUUUACAGCAACCAAUGGUUCCAUGCUGUUUGACUUAUACGAAAUUCAAUUCGUGAUUUUUCAUCUUCUGUGCCUUGCUGCUUACAUUUAA